GGACGUCGCGCCUGAAGCUGUUUCGUUGGUGAUUCCCCGCGCGCCCGGAGCCGUGCCUUGCCCUGCAUCAUGAUGCUGAGAUCACUUCUGGAGGGCGGUGCAGAGACACAGCUACGUGUUGCUGCGCAGCAACAGAUAGAAAGACGAGGGAGGAAUUCCCUCGCACAAACAGAAGCAGUUGUCAGGGCGUAACAGCUGCGGUGGCGCGUUAAAUGUGUAGAGCUACAACAGACAGGAUCGAUACCUGAACCUGGUAUCAACACCAGACCCCGCGGUCAGGAUGUGAGGACAGACCAGCAACAAAGCAGAGCAGAUUUCAGCGAUCAGACUCCCCCUGAAUGACGGUCACCUUCUGAACAUCACGCAAAACCAGAGCCGCCUGGAGUCCAGGGGACAAAGGUCUGAUGAAGCAUCACUAAAGAUGCAGAGUCUGCGUUUUCUCGGGGAGGAAGACGACCUUUAAAACAUGACAGGCCAGCUCCUGGGAGAAGCGGUCGGCGGGGCUCACAUGGAUGACAACGCGGCCAUCCGCAUCAACGUGGGCGGCUUCAAGAAACGCCUGAAGUCGGACACUCUCUCCCGUUUCCCCGAAACGCGGCUCGCGCGCCUCCUUCAGUGCCGCUCCAAAGAGUCCAUUCUAGAGCUGUGCGACGACUACGACGACACAGAGAAAGAGUUUUACUUUGACAGAAACCCGAGCCUCUUCCCUUAUGUGUUGAAUUUCUACAACACGGGGCGGCUGCACGUCAUGGCCGAGCUGUGCAUCUUCUCCUUCAGCCAGGAGAUUGAGUACUGGGGCAUCAACGAGUUCUUCAUUGACUCUUGUUGCAGCAGCGCCUAUCACUGCAGGAAGAUGGACCAGGACCGAGAAGACUGGGACGAGCGCAGCGAGGAGGGGAGCACCACUUCUUCAUUUGACGAGCUCUUGGAGUUUUAUAACGACGCCAGCAAGUUUGACAAGCAGCUGUGCGGGAGCGCGCGAAGGCGCAUCUGGCUGAUGCUGGAUAACCCCGGCUACUCGGUGGCCAGUCGCAUAAUCAGCGUCCUCUCCAUCUGCGUGGUCCUCGGCUCCAUCGCCACCAUGUGCAUGAACAGCAUGAGCGAGUUCAGCCUGAUGGACAGUGAAGGUCAGCCCACAGAGGACCCGCGCUUCGAGGCUGUGGAGCACUUUGGCAUCGGCUGGUUUACUCUGGAGCUGGUGGCCAGGUUCGUGGUGGCCCCGGACCUCCUGCACUUCUUUGAUCACCCGUUAAACGCAAUAGACCUCGUGUCCAUUCUUCCGUUUUACCUGACGCUCCUCAUCAACCUGGUGGUGGAGAGCAGUCCGGCACUGGCGAACCUUGGACGGGUUGCGCAAGUCCUGAGGCUGAUGCGGAUUUUCCGCAUCCUGAAACUGGCUCGGCACUCCACUGGACUGCGCUCCCUGGGGGCCACCCUCAGGAACAGUUACAAAGAAGUGGGCCUGCUGCUGCUCUACCUGGCAGUUGGCGUGUCCUUCUUCUCCGUCAUCGCCUACACGGUGGAGAAGGAAGACAGCGAGGACUUGUCCACCAUUCCCGCGUGUUGGUGGUGGGCCACUGUCAGCAUGACCACCGUGGGUUACGGAGACGUGGUGCCUGUCUCCAUAGCGGGCAAGUUAACAGCGUCCGCGUGCAUCCUGGCUGGGAUCCUGGUAGUUGUGCUUCCGAUCACACUGAUUUUCAACAAAUUCUCCCUUUUCUAUAAGCGACAGAAACAGCUGGAGGUGGCUAUGAGAAGCUGCGAUUUUGACGAGGGGAUCAAACAGGUUCCGUCUGUCAACCUGAGGAACUUUUACGCGCACAAAGUCAAAUCCCUCAUGGCCAGUUUGUCCAAUAUGAGCAGGAGUUCCCCCAGUGAACAGAGUCUGAACGAGUCUUUGAACUGAGUUCAGAGAGGAGCUGUCCGUGGUGCUGACACGCCUGGACCGGGAGAUUGAUCUCUUCCUCUUAUUUCUCAACAUUUGCCCUCUGUAGCUCGGUGCAAUUAUGUGGUGAUAUAUAUAUAUAUAAAAACACGUUACAGCCUGAAUGGAGGCCUUACUAUUAUGGGGUGUCAUCAAGCCAAAGCUUGAACAAAAGGCAUCAAAAAGAUAGGCAGUGCUGUUGUUGUUUACAGUCUUCAGUAGUGACACGUUAAUCUCAAGGUGUACUUGUGGUCAAAUAUGUCUGAAGUAACUCCAGCUGUUUGUCCUCUGAAGAGUCUCUGUGUGGUGUUGCAGCAACAUUUCAAAAAUGUGGUCAAAACUCAAUGCAUUAAACUGUUUGUAUAACACAACGCUUGUUUUUCUGACGGCUCUGCUGGUCCUCUCACACCAAUGAGAGGACACAUGUUAGCAUGCAGGGGGAGGCCGGGUUGAUGCCAGUGACUGACACACACUCUUAUAGAGCUUGACAAGCAAAGCAACAACAAUUCUGACCUGACAUGUUGAAUACAUUCAUCUCUGCAGCAUCUAUCUUUUUAUUUUUUCGUUGUCACAAUUAUUUCUCUAUAAAAUAAGCGUUUUAUAUCUCUAUCCUAACCAACUUAGAAAAAAAAGGAUUAAAAAAAUUCCCUGUCUACUUUAACAUAGUUUUUUCUAGUUUCAGAUUUACAAUUCAUCAACAUUUGAGUGCUGCUUUUGCAGAUUUGGCUUUCCAGUCUGAGUGUCUAACGUAAGCAUCAGGGACAACAGCAUGAGGCCGUGUCACACAGCCAUUAGAUGCAUUUUGUGCAUUUUUCACGUAAAUAAUUUCAGUCUUUUGUGAUUUACGCGUGAUUAACGUAAGUCAUAACUGUUUCUUGUGCUACUCAUUCGCCGCAGUUUACACCUAUUUUACAUGCAAAUAUGUGGCUUUUCACGACUGCACGUAUGUCCAUGUAUGUCUAAUGGACUUUUCACGCAUAUACCACCGAUGUAUAACUUUUAGAUUGCGUAUAUGACCGACUUCUCAAUUUCAAAUGACACAACUGAUGCACGAAUCACUAAUGAACUGCGUAUAAACACCGCAAAAAUCAUCCACGGUUCAUGCAAGAUUUGUGUAUUGUGAUGCUUUCACGUUGAUUUUCAAUGUUCUUUGUGUGGUUUAUUCAUACUUCUUCCGUGGCUUAACGUGGUUUGUUUGUGAAACAUCGGUGAGAAUUUCACGUGAAGAACCACAACUUUUCUCACUUUUUUAACAAAUCUUCACCGAUGACCAAUCUUCAUCCAUACAAUUUGCGCAAAAUGUACGUAGUGGCUAUGUGAAUGACCACAACAAAGUGUUUUCUUAGAGCAUUUGAUUUUAUUUUUAAGGCAUAAAGUUUUCUCAAAGCAGUCGAUGCAGCAGUAAGUCCUUGUUUUGGGGAGAGGAUGGAUUACUUGGCUCCAUUAAAUUCUGGCUCUAAUUUAAAGAACAUAUCCUUUUGGAGCUGUUUAAAUGAUGGGAUUUAAUGAAAAAUGUCCUUAUCAACUGACUUGGAGAAUAGCCUUGCUGUACUGACAUUUGUACUGCUAGCUGUGUCAUUGAGUAAGUUCCUCGUUAAAAUGUGGAGCUCAGUUUCUCUGGAGAGGGAAAAUACAACCUUUAUCUGUAUGAUAUUCUAAAAGUGCAAUAAAUGUAAAAUCAAGUCCAAAUUGGA